CCCGCACAGCGCGCCUGUUAAGGUGGCGAGGGCUCCGCCGCUCCCGAGGGCAAGAUUCGGGACAUACUACAGCCAAUAUACCCGAUGUACCCAGCUAGUGAUGUCAUCAUACACACGCGACCUCAGCAGAGACAUUAAUUCCUCUACUACUACAAGACACUCCUUGUCGUCACCCUACUACCACCCCCUUUUCCUACCUGGUCCGUCUGCCCAUCUUGCAAUAACGCGGCCACAGCUCGGUAGCUCCCAGCAUCGACUCCAUUCUGCGAGAAUACCCCGACAUCUCCGCCGCCCGUAGGGUGCCCCGGCAGUCCGCAGGAGGCAAGGACGAGAGCGGGCCGGCGCGCGACGCGCAGCCCUGCGAGCAUGACGCGGCGCGAGAGGACCAUCGCUCGGUCCGUCGUCUUCGCGAUGCUGAGCGCGGGCGAGGACGGGCGGGCGGCGCGGGAGCCCUCGCUGGCGCGCGCUCUGCGCGUCUUCUACCUGCACUGGGUGGCGCUGCAGCCGGCCCGCGCGGACCUGUUCGCGGAGCUGCGGCGGGGGUGGGGGAUCAGCGAGGCCGCGUACCGGGGCAGCUUCGACGCGCGGAAGCAGGGCCGGCGCGGCGCGGCGGGGGCGGCCGCUCUCCUGCCGCUCGGCGACAUGGGCUACAGCGGCUCCACCUUCUACCGCACCAGCGACGGUGCCUAUCUCGUCAAGUCGGUCCCGCGCGCCUUCGAGCACCGCUUCUUCCGCCACCGCCUGCUCGCCGCCUACGCCGACCACGUCCGCGCCAACGGCGCCAGCCUGCUCGUGCGCAUCACCGACUUCCUCGAGGCCGCCCACCGGAGCCUCGGCACGCUCCUGGGCCUCGCCCCGACCCACCACAUCGUCAUGGAGAACCUCAUGCACGGGCGCGAGGGCGAGGGCGAGGGAGAGGGCGGCGGCUCGGCGCCCCGGUGGGAGUCCUGGGACCUCAAGCCCGCCUCCUACUUCUUCCCCGAGCGUGACGUCGCCGGCGGCGCGCUGGCCUCCGAGGCCACCAAGUCGAAGCUGCCAGACGAGUUCCGCGACAAGCUCCGGGUCUCCGCCGCGCAGGCCGCCGCGUUCGCGCGCCAGCUCGAGAACGACACGCGGCUCCUCGCCGACUGCGGCGCCGUCGACUACUCGCUCUUCCUCGUGCGCGUCUCCGCGGCGAGCGCGCCGGGGGACGAGGAAGCGCCGCCGCCGCCGCCCCUCGCGCCCCCCUCGCCGCCGAGCUGGCGCACCGGGAUCGUGUCGCGCGACGGCCGCGAGGUCUACCGGGCCGCCAUCCUCGACUUCUUCUGGUCGAAGCACGCGGUCCACGCCAAGGCCAUGACCGGGCUGGUCCGGAGCUACGACGUCGUCGCCGGACACGGGCCCAUGACCAUCACCGCCGACAGCAGCGAGUACCGCGACCGGUUCCUCAAGAUGUGCUCGGACAUUGUCGAGGUCCGCUCCUGACCCCUCGGCUAGUGAACCACCGCUGUAAUCGGAGGCUUAGAACGGAACGUGCCU